AUGGGUUUUCAAUGGUCGAAAAGCUCUUUCCCUUGUCAUGACCAACCUCCUUCGUCACUUUCGCUCACAGAACCAGGCACCACUGGCAUGGCUAGCUGCUACAAUACGGGAUCGCUAGAAGCGUCAGGCGGAACCCCUUUUUUUGCUCGCUCCAGAUCUGAUUUAAUUCGGCUCUCAUCCGAGCAACCUGCACUUCAAACCUCUAAUGUCAGUAAGAGGAAGGAUUUAAUUCCCUUAUUCGACCGUGGCUUUUGUUCACGCGGUUCACGACCUCUCGGAAGGGGUUGA